AUGUAUCUGGCAGAAGAAUCAGUUACAAAACGAAUCGUGUUAAGUUCAAUCGCUAAGGUGUACGACCCUCUUGGACUUUUGUCCCCCAUUACGACCGUACUUAAAAUACUGUUUCAAGCCAUUUGCAAGGACAAGAACAUUACCUGGGAUGAUGUUCUCGAAGAUGAGACAGCGAAAUCGUGGAAAUCCGCGUUGACUAAUAUGAAAGAAAACUCAACAGUCGAUUUGAAUCGAUGCUAUAGCCCUCAGAUUGAUCGAAAGGAAAUCAGAUCAGUAGAAUUAAAAUUCCGACAAUGGGAAGACUUUCAAGAAUUCUACUGUAAAGAAAUUUGUACAGCAGUAUGGUAUCACCUGGAAAUUUAAUGUCGCUUGUGCCCCAUGGUGGGGUGGAUUUUUUGAACACUUGGUGCACUGUGUCAAACGAUGUUUGAAAAAGACUCUCGGGAAUGCUCGUGUUUCCUUUGAAGAAUUUGAGACUGUUUUAAUUCAAGUGGAAGGAAUUCUGAAUUCACGUCCACUCACGUAUGUGCACGAAGAAAUGAGCGAACCACUCACGCCUUCAACCAUGUGUGUUGGUCGACGAUUGUUAAGUAAUCCAAUAACGCAGGAGAAGAAAACCAACGACAACCUAGUUGAUGAUGCAAGAAGGAGAGAGAGGUUCCUGACUCGAGUAUUAAAUCAUUUCUGGGAACGCUGGCGUAAGGAAUAUUUGACGGAACUACGAGAACAGCACAAAGUAAAGAAUGGUUCAGCAGGUGAUUCGAUCAGCCAGGGAGACAUUGUUGUGGUUCAUGAAGACAAAAUUCCUCGACAGCUAUGGAAUUAAUGCGUGGUCGAGACGGGAAUGUACGUGCAGCAACUAUUAGAACAUCGUCUGGAGGUCGAGUGCAGCAACUACAAAGACCGAUUCAACGAUUGUAUCCAAUAGAAAUUCCUACGAAAAACCAAGAGACUGUUCCACAGAUAAAGUUCGUUCGAGACAAUGUGCCUAAUGCAAUACAAAACUUUAAUACUUGA